GUCCGUCUAGAGCGCGUUCACAUUUUCUCGACGUCCACCAGAAGUCGCCAUGUCUGCUGCAGAGAUAAAACAGUAUGAAGAGCAGCUGAGCCAGGUACAGGGUGCGCUCAAGGCGGACCCUUCGAAUGAGGAGCUUGUCAACCUCGAAGGCGAGCUGAAGAAUCUCAUUGCUCUCACAAAGCAGAUCCUUGGCCAGGAAGCUUCCUCUUCCUCCGCUCCGCAAAGUGAAACAGGUCAAUCUGAACAUCCAUCUGUGUCAUCGUCGAAGCCGUCGCACAAGCGUUCACAGGAGAGCGAGACAUCGUCGCAAGUGCCGCAAGGCUUUGCCGCUGGUGACGAAGUACAGGCCAAGUACAGCGCCGACGGGCGAUGGUAUCCAGCGAGGGUGGUCUCUGUGGGUGGAGCAGGGGACCGGAGGCAGUACACGGUCGUCUUCAAGGGCUACAAUACUACCGAAGUCCUUGCGGCCGAAGCUGUGCGUGCACAAAAGGGAGCACCUCACCCCGGCGGAGCCGGUGGAGCGACUACUUCCGGCUCGGCAACAAAACGUAGUGAGCCGACGGUCACAUUGACGCCUGAAGAAGAAGCCGAACGAGAGCGCAAGCGUAAAAGAAAUGAAAAGAAGGCGGAGCGUUAUGCAGGCAAAGCUGCAGAAACGACAGCAAAGGCCAAUUCGUGGCAGAAAUUUGCCAAAAAGGGCGAAAAGAAGGGUAUAAUCAAAGGAGGGUCCAAGAGCAUGUUUGCGACGCCCGACGAUCCCUUGGCCAAGGUUGGCGUUGUUGGGGCUGGAAGAGGCAUGACUUCGUAUGACCAGCGGAAGAAGCAUCUUUACGGCGAUGAAGCAAAAGAAGGAUAGAUGAUAUCACGAGCAAUUCAUUUCCGUUUCGUUAACGCACGAUGAGUGAAUAAGGGGGAUAGUGUGAAGCAAGAUACGGAGAAAAGUGCGAGCAGAACGAGGGG